GAAGUAAAAAUGGAUGCCAUAUCCCAAAAACUGAAAGGUGAGGGAAUCGAAAUCAUCACCAUCUACAUCAUUUUCACCAUCGAUAUUCCCUCUUCCAUUUUCGAUUCGUUUCUUCUAUCUGAAAACCUCACGAAACCUAACAAUUCCUUCCCCAAAUCUCACAUUCUUCCAUCGUAAACACAGAUCAGAUUCAACUUGCAUGCAUUUCCUCUCCUCAGAUUCAGAGUAUAUACUCCGAGAUCUGAUCCGAUUUCAAAUUUCCGAUUAAGCGAAUUCUCGGUAAGAAUCGUUUUCACCUGAUUCAUGUUCUAACCAUAACCGUGUACCGCGAUUUUCCCUCGGCCGAAUCGGAAGAUGGGAUUGGUGUUUACCAGAUUGUUUUCGUCUGUUUUCGGUAACAAGGAAGCUCGAAUUCUCGUUCUCGGCCUCGAUAAUGCCGGAAAAACUACUAUUCUCUAUCGGCUUCAGAUGGGGGAAGUUGUCUCUACCAUUCCAACCAUCGGGUUUAAUGUUGAAACUGUGCAGUAUAACAACAUCAAAUUUCAAGUCUGGGAUUUAGGUGGGCAAACAAGUAUCAGGCCUUAUUGGAGGUGUUACUUUCCUAAUACUCAAGCAAUAAUCUAUGUUGUGGAUUCAAGUGACACCGAUAGGCUUGUGAUAGCUAGGGAGGAGUUCCAUGCUAUUCUAGAGGAAGAAGAACUAAAAGGUGCAGUUGUUCUCAUUUUUGCAAACAAACAGGACCUUCCUGGUGCUCUUGAUGAUGCUGCUGUGACGGAGUCUCUCGAGUUACACAAGAUUAAAAAUCGCCAAUGGUCUAUUUUUAAAACUUCUGCCAUCAAAGGCGAAGGACUUUUUGAGGGCCUUGACUGGUUGAGCAAUACACUCAAAUCUGGAGGUAGCUGAAGAUGCAAACUUCAAUGAGAUAGAUAUUUAAGAAUGGUUGGUGAGUUCAGAAGGAAGUUCGGCAUGCAUAUUUUGGUAUCACUUUCACUAUGACGAUAUAAUGAUUAUUGUUAUCCAGGCUCACUAUUUUAUUCCGUUUUUUGUGUUCAAAGAUUAACUAUAUGAAUGUUGGUCAACGAUUGUUAUUAUCCUUUUGUCGCUCCCGUUUAUAUUUUUAUUUUGUAAGAUCAUUUCUUGACCCCUUCGUAUAGAGUAGUUUUUCUAAAGAAAAAUUUGUCUUAAAUUUGUGUAAUUGAGCUACAUGGGGUUUAUAUGUGAGAUAUUUGCUCAUAGUAACCAGUUUAAUUAUGACAAUGGUGGUUGAUGAA